AUGGCGCCGCUCGAGUCGGCGCGGCGCGUGCUCACCGAGGCCGGCGUUCCGCACACGGAGCUGCGCGGUGUCCGCGCUGGCGACGAGGUAGUGCUGCUGCUCUUCACGCUGACCUCCCUCGCCAAGGCACGCGUGCUAGAGACGCUCGCCAACCACGGUCUCGGCUGCACCACGCCAGCGCACGGGCGGCUGGAGGUGCUGGAGGUGCUCUCCUCCACCCCAUAUGCCCGACGCGGCGGGAGCGGCCCUCGGCGACGCCGCGUCCGCGUGAGCGACCGCACGUCACUCGACGAGAUUUACCAGCGAAUCGACGAGACGUUCCACUUCACCUUCGACUUUGUCCUCACGACGGCGAUCGCCUCGACCGUUUGCGCCGUCGGUCUUGCCACCGACCAACCAAUCUUCGUGACGGCGUCCAUGUUGCUCAGCCCUCUGAUGGCUCCAAUCAUGGCGCAGACACUCGGCACCUGCGUCGGUGACAAGCGGAUGGUGUACAAGGGGUGUCGCAACGAGUGCGCCGGACUGCUGCUCUGCCUGCUCGUGGGCAGCCUUGUCGGCGGAGUCUGCAUCGCCAGCGGCUCGUUGGCAGAUCCGCACGAGGAGGACCCGACGCUGGAGGUGCUCCACUACAAACAGGCCGACCUGCUCGUCGGCGCGCUCAUCGCGCUGCCUUCCGGCGCCGCCCUCGCCCUCGCGGUCACGAGCGCGCUCUCCGACACCGUGGUUGGAGUCGCCAUUGCAACCUCCAUCCUUCCACCCGUGGUCGGCUCUGGCAUCAACCUCGUCCUCUCGGCACGCGCCGCUCUCUCGCAGGACCAAGAGAUGGCCGCCUCCAAGCUGCGGGCGGCGAUGCUUGGCGUCGCCAUGGUGGUCAUCAACUGGCUCUGCAUCUUCCUGGGCUGCGGGCUGCUUCUCCGGCUCAAGCAGGUGGACGGCCUCCUACAGCGCGCGCAGCAGGGGGCCAAGUCGCCGCCGCGCCGCCGCGCCCCGCUCGACCCGCAGGCACCCCCACAGGCAGCAAACGAGCUCGAGCGGAGGCUGCUCUCCGCCGCUGCUGCCGGUGCCGGUGCCGGUGACAGCGGCGCCCGCACCGAGGAGCAGCAGCCCGAGCCGAGUGGCCCCGAGCCGACGCCGAGCAGCAGCGUGGGCGUCGGCGAGCCGGGAACGGUAUCGUCGACCUCGGAGUGCCACGUCGCGCGAGCACCAGACACACCGGCAGGAGAGAAGUGAGUUACGAAUACGUUAGUGUUGAUGG